UUAAUGAGGCUAUUCAAAACAGUGCAGAGUGCAGAUAAUGGUAAAUAUAUAAAAGCCGGCGAUCCGCAGCAAUAAGCUUCAGUCUGAACCGAAAUCUGUGCAGUGAUACUAAAGCAAAAAGUGUUUCGCUCAGUUCGUUUAAUUUUUGUUAAAAGGUUAAUUGAUCAAGGUAAAGUUCGUAAAAAUGGCCGCAGUCAUCCCAGCCGUAACUAAAUUGUCUUCGAGGAUAAUCAGGGUUCUUGGAUGCAAUCCGGGAUGCAUGACCCUACAGGGAACCAACACCUACAUCAUUGGCACGGGAAAAAGGAGAAUCUUAAUCGACACAGGAGACGCCGACGUCCCACAGUACAUAAAUCACCUGAGCUCAGUUCUUAAGCACGAAAAGAUCGACCUGGCCCACAUUUUUAUAUCCCAUUGGCAUCAUGACCACAUUGGGGGUCUGACCGACGUGCUUGAACUUAACGAGGCAACCAAGCACUGUCAGGUUUGGAAGUUCCCGAGGGUCGAGGACGAGCCCACCACCGUCCCAAUUGAAGAGCUGAAGGACGGACAGGAGUUCACGGUUGAGGGGGCGACGUUGAGGGUGAUGCACACGCCCGGCCACACGACGGACCACGUGGCGUUCCAUUUGUUGGAGGAGAACGCGAUAUUCAGUGGCGACUGUAUUUUGGGCGAGGGUACCGCCGUCUUCGAAGACCUGCACGAUUACAUGAUGUCUUUGGACGACAUACUCCACGUGCAACCGGCUAUUAUUUACCCUGGUCACGGUAACAUCAUACAGAAUCCUGUUGAGAAGAUCCAAUUUUACAUCAAACACAGAUUGGAGAGGGAGGAGCAGAUCAUGAAUGUGCUGAGCAACAACAGGAAACAAUCGUUUGGUGAGAACGAUCUGGUGAGGAUGAUUUAUCACGAUAUUAACGAGAAAUUGAUCCCGGCUGCCGCCAGCAACGUUAACCAUCAUUUGAAUAAAUUGUUGAAAGAAGAAAAAGUUUUAAAAGACAACAAUUUGUGGCAGUACAACGAAACCUGUAAAUCGAUUUAAGAAGUAUUAUGUAUCCUUAAUGCGCCUGGCUGUCGAUAUUAAAUAUAUUGUGUAGCUUUAUUGUAUAUUUUAGAUAUUAAGUUAAAUUAUUAUGCACGAUCGGCUAUAUUAGUCAUGUUUUAUUGUUAUUGAAAAGUAUUUAUAUGUUAUCUGUAAGAAUAAAAUGUUUUAACCAAUA